UAACAUGAAACCAGAAAAACUUAAAGAUGAAUAUCAGCGCAUCCUGGCAGACAGUGAGCAAUAUCUCACCCUUAUUCAUAACUACAGAGAAAAACUGGCUUCUGUGGACGUGAAGAUGAAAGACAUUCAGUCUGAAGUGUUGGAUGAAAAGAAAAAUGUAGGGGACAGGAUCCAGACCCAGAGACGACCCCUUCUUCAGUGCAAACAGAUUAGCAUAAUGGAGGAUCGCGUUAAACAGGCAACCACCAAGUUUGACAAGCUGCUUUCUAGAAACCAGGUGUUACGCGAUGAAAUUGACCAUCUGCGUCUCCAGAAAAACAAUUUUACUAAGAUAUACCUGCAACUGAAGAGAGAACUUGAGCACCAGAAUAACACCAUGGAAGAUCUGGUGGAGAAGUCUGUCCUGGCAUAUGACCAAAGGUCUGAGGCGUUGGCUCGGAUGCUCGCUGUGAGGGAACACAGCAAGAAGGACACAUCCCUCUGCCACACAGAGAUGACUGACCUCAAGAGGGUCAUUGACCACGAGAUCAAGCUCCGCAGCUUCAUGGUCAAGAAGUUCCAAGACGCUCUGCAUAUGGGCAAGGAUGAUGAGGCCAAAAAGAAAAAAUUAGAGCAGGUUCAGCGGGAGCGAAUGGGGGGCGAGAGCCUGGAGACCUACCAGACCGUGCACCGGCUGAUUGUGGAGGUGGCCGGAGAGAACGACCUGCGACAGAUUGGCAAGGCCUUUGUUGAAAACGAAGGGAAGAGCUUUGCCUACUUCAACUUCAUCAACGAGUUGAACAACAAGAGCACCAUGCUUAAUGACCGCAUUAACAAGCUCAAGAGUGACAUCCUGUACAUUGAGCUGGACAAUAAACAGUGUGUUGAGCUGUGGUAUGGACAGAUCAAACAACUGGAGGGAGAGCUGAAACAGAAGUGUGCGCUGGCCAACACUCUAGAGGGCCAGCACAUGGCUGUACUCAAGUUCCUGGAUGAGUAUAAAAGUGCUAUCGGUAACCUGUUUGCUAAGAUGAAGUGUGAUCCCUCCCCUAUCACGGUGAAGCUAGGUUGCAGCGCUGAGGUCACCAAUGACAACGUGGUCCAGUUCAUUGGUAUCCUGGAGGAGCGGAUGCAUGAGCUCCUGAUGGUUCUGGCCCUGUGCAGCUUCACGUACGCAGAGAAGAUGGAGGUUCUUCCUCUAAACCCACUGUUGGCCAGUUGUGACCUGCUGCCUGGUGUGACCCACUCCACCAUCGAAGCUCCGUGUUCCUCCGCCAUGGACGACACCUCCACAGACUCCCUGCUGGGCCUGGGCAGUGAAGUGCUGCUGGAUUUCCAGAGUCUGCGUGAGCGAGUUCUUUCCUGUGUGAUGCGCACCGAGCAGGGCAAAUCCCCCAGAGCACCUUCUGCACAGCUUCGAGGGAAGAAGAAGAUGACAGGCUUCAACCCAAAGUCCGCCUAAAGAGCUGCAGCUCACAUCGUACUCAUUAUCAGUCGUUAUCAUUUGUGCCUGAUAUCUGUGAGACGACCAUAGUCAUAAUAA